AUGAAAAAGAAUAAUACUAAGAAAACAGCAAAUACGAAGGUAAAAGUCAAUCCAUGUUCAAAUGAUCGUUACUAUAUGGAUUAAUCCAUCGAUGAAGAAGUCUACAUUAAAAAUAAUUAUAAAGUUGUUAGAGAAUUGGGCAGAGGUGGUUAUGGAGUUGUUUAUAAAGCGGUUGGAUUGAAUCAAGGUCAAAUUGAUAAAAACAAAAAGUAUGCCAUCAAGGUUAAUUUUUCUACUGUGUCUCCAGAGCUAAUAUUUGCUGAAAUAGGAUUUUUGAAAUUAAUUUAUGGCAAAGAAAAUAUGCCACAAUUGGUUAAUUUGUUUCUUAUUGAUCAAAAAAUAUAUAUCGUCAUUGAGUACUUUACAUACAAACCCUUCAUUACAUUCUUUGCUACUUUUGAUAUGAUGGAAGUUAGACGAUACUUAUAUGAACUACUUAAAGCCCUGAAUGUGUUGAAAUAGAAUGGAAUCUAUCACCGCGAUGUUAAACCUGGAAACUUUCUCUAUAAUCCUAAGACAGGCAAAGGAAUCCUUAUUGAUUAUGGUCUAAGCGAAAUUGAUAGAUCCUUCGUCGCCAAAUUGAUUGAGAAGGAGAAAGAAUUAUCCAAGAAGCAUCCCCAAUCAGAUGAAGUCUAAGAAAUUAGAAGGAAGAUUAAUUUAUACAAUGAAAUCCAAAAAACUAUAGAUUAAAUUGGAAAUAAUAAAAUUGGCACAGAGAGCUUUAUGCCCUUAGAAAGCAUAUUGCAUUACCAAGAUCAAUCGUAUGAAGUGGAUAUGUGGGCUGUAGGAGUUAUAUUCCUACAAUUUUUGACUAAGAAGUACAAUUUAUUCAGCAAUGUCCGAAUGAUUAAUAAGCCUGUUGUGACUAAAAACUUUUUUUAUGUCAACUUCAUACUAGAAUUGGCUAGUUUGUUCGGCUCUGAAUAAGUGAAAUAAAUAUGUGAGCAGUUUGGUAAAAUUAAAUUAUUUAUCAAAAUAGAAUAUGAUCUUAAAUUGCCUUCAGUUGUUGCAACCAAACCUGUGUAAUGGAAAUCAAUAAUACAUAUUGAUGGAUUUGAUAGCGAUGCUGAAGAUUUGCUUUCAAGAUUACUUUGUUUAAAUCCGAAAUAGAGAAUCAAAGUUGAAGAUGGAUUGACGCAUCCCUUUUUUAAGCCUUUAUUAGAAUAAGAAAAACAAACAUAAACAAAUUUUUAAGAUAAUUAAGAAAUAAUGCAAUAAAAACUAUAAGAAAAUUGA